AUGGUUUAUUUCAACUCUCAAAUUAAUGAUUCAGUCGCACCAUAUAGAGAUGUGCGUCGUAUUCAAUUCGGAAUUUUAUCUCCGGAUGAAAUUCGACGAAUGUCAGUGACCUAUCCAUCGAUUGAGUUUCCCGAAUUGUUUCAAGAAGGGAAACCAAAACUACAAGGUUUACUGGAUCCACGACAAGGUCCAGCUGAUAGAAACUCAAAAUGUAAUACUUGUCGUGGUUCUUACAUCGAAUGUCCAGGACAUUUCGGUCACAUCGAAUGUCAAUGUGUUUGUUUUCAUUGUUCGAAACUGUUGGUUGAUCCAAAUGAUCCGAAAAUCAUUGAUAUUAUUAAAAAAACUAAAAAUCAAAAUCGUCGACGUCUUGCAUACAUAGUCGAAGCAUGUAAAAAGCAAAAGAUUUGCAAAGGAAGUGACAAUCAGAAUGAUGUAACAAAAAACUAUACAGGUGGUUGUGGUCAAGUACAACCAAUCUAUCGUCGAUCAGGUCUUGAAUUGACAAUUAAAUGGAACGAAGCAGUAAAUGAAAAUCAAGAAUUGAAAUCGAAAUUAUCAGCCGAACGUGUUCUCGAGAUUUUCAAAGCUAUUCCUGAUACGAUUUGUAAAAUACUUGGUAUGGAUCCUCGUCAAUCACGACCUGAUUGGAUGAUUCUUACUGUUUUACCAGUUCCACCUUUAUGUGUACGUCCAUCAGUAUUAAUGUUUGGUACAGCUCGUUGUCAUGAUGAUUUAACGUACAAUUUAGCUAAUAUUAUUAAAGCAAAUCGAACGUUACAUGAAUAUGAAGAACGUGGUGUCACUUCCCAUAUCAUUGAUAAACAAUUGGAACAUCUUCAAUAUUGUUGUGCAACAUUAAUCGAUAAUGAUAUGCCUGGUAUAUCACAGGCAUGUCAAAAGAGUGGUAAACCAUUGAAAUCUCUCAAAGCUCGUUUGAAAGGAAAAGAAGGUCGAAUUCGUGGAAAUCUAAUGGGUAAACGAGUGGAUUUUAGUGCUCGAUCAGUAAUUACACCUGAUCCAAAUUUAGCUAUUGAUCAAGUUGGCGUUCCACGAACGAUUGCACAGAAUUUGACUGUUCCAGAUAUUGUCACUCCAUUCAAUAUAGGAUGGUUACAAGAAUUAAUUCGAUGUAAUGCAGCAAAAUAUAUCAUUUUGGAUAAUGGUGAUCGAAUUGAUCUUCGUUUCCAUCAAAAACCAUCAGAUAUUCAAUUACAAUAUGGUAAUAUCGUUGAACGAAAUAUGGUGGAUGAUGAUCUUGUUGUUUUCAAUCGUCAACCAACAUUACAUAAAAUGUCAAUGAUGGCUCAUCGUGUUAAAAUUCUUCCAUGGUCAACAUUUCGAUUAAAUUUAUCUGUAACAACACCGUACAAUGCUGAUUUUGAUGGUGAUGAAAUGAAUCUUCAUUUACCACAAUCUAUAGAAGCUAAAGCAGAAUUAUCUGAAUUAAUGAUGGUUCCACGUCUUCUCAUAACUCCACAAUCAAAUCGACCAGUUAUGGGUAUUGUACAAGAUACAUUAACAGCAGUUACAAAAAUGACACGUCGUGAUGUUUUUCUUGAUAAGUGUGAAUUUAUGAAUCUUUUAAUGCAGCUUCCAUCAUGGAAUGGUCAUGUUCCACAAGCAGCCAUUCUUAAACCGAAACCAUUAUGGACAGGAAAACAAUUGUUUUCAUUAAUUCUUCCCAAAGAAAUUAAUUGUGUUCGAACCCAUGCAACACAUCCUGAUAAUGAAGAUAAUAGUUCUUUCAAAUGGAUUUCACCAGGCGAUACAAAAGUCCUAGUAGAAAAUGGUCAAUUACUUUCUGGUAUUUUAUGUAAACGAACAUUAGGUACAAGUCCUGGUUCACUAGGACAUGUCAUUUUCAUGGAAUGUGGACAUGAAAUAGCCGGAAAAUUCUAUUAUUAUAUUCAAUUAGUUGUUAACAAUUGGUUAUUGAUUGAAGGACAUUCUAUUGGUAUUGGUGAUACAAUUGCCGAUGAAAAUACUUAUAGAAAUAUUCAAGAAUCUAUUCAACAAUCAAAACAAGAAGUACAAGAAGUGAUUCAGCUGUCUCAUCAUGAUCAAUUAGUCAGUGAACGAAGCAAUUCACUUCGACAAACAUUUGAAAAUAUGGUCAAUAGACAUUUGAACGAUGCACACAAACGAACAGGAUCAUCAGCUCAAAAUUCUCUAUCAAAUUUUAAUCAAUUAAAAGCAAUGGUUGUUAGUGGUGCAAAAGGUUCACUGAUUAAUAUUUCACAGAUCAUAGCUUGUGUUGGUCAACAAAAUGUUGAAGGAAAACGAAUACCUUUCGGAUUUAAACAUCGUACAUUGCCACAUUUUAUCAAAGAUGAUUAUGGACCAGAAGCAAAAGGAUUUGUUGAAAAUUCAUAUUUAAAAGGUCUCAAUCCAACGGAAUUUUUCUUUCAUGCCAUGGCUGGUCGAGAAGGUCUUAUUGAUACAGCUGUUAAAACAGCUGAAACUGGAUAUAUACAACGUCGUUUGAUUAAAGCAAUGGAAUCAGUUAUGGUAAAAUAUGAUGGUACAGUUCGUAAUCAAAAAGAACAAUUAAUUCAAUUUAUUUAUGGUGAAGAUGGAUUAGCAGCUGAAAAUGUCGAAUUUCAAUCGAUUAUUUCAUUAAAAUCAUCAAAUAUUACAUUUGAAAAUUUAUGUAAAUUUAAUUUCGUAGAUGAUGAAAAAUAUUUACGACAAUAUUUAAACGAUGAUAUUAUUCAUGAUCUUUUCACAAAUGAAAAUUCAUUACAAAUAUUAAAUAAUGAAUGGUAUCAAUUAUGUCAAGAUCGAAAUCAUCUUCGAAAAAUAUUCUCGAAUAUUAAUGAAAGUCAAAUAGUAUUACCGUGUAAUAUUGAACGAUUAAUUUUCAAUGCUCGAAAAAUAUUUAAUAUAUCUGAUAGAACUCGUUCAAAUCUAUCUCCAAUAGAAAUCAUUCAAGGUUUAGAAGAAUUAAUUAAACGUUUAAUCAUUAUCAAAGGUAAUGAUCGUCUAUCUCAAGAAGCUCAACAUAAUGCAAUUAUGUUAAUGAGUAUUCUUAUUCGUUCAUCACUUUGUUCACGACAAGUUCUUCAAGUUCAUCAUCUAACUGCAGAUGCAUUUAAUUGGUUAUGUGAAGAAAUUGAAACACGUUUUCAACAAGCUCAAGUUCAACCAGGUGAAAUGGUUGGUGUUCUUGCUGCACAAUCUAUUGGUGAACCAGCUACACAGAUGACAUUGAAUACAUUUCAUUAUGCUGGUGUAUCAGCUAAAAAUGUUACACUCGGUGUUCCUCGUCUCAAAGAAAUUAUUAAUCUUUCUAAAACACCUAAAACACCAUCCAUGACUGUUUUUCUUACUGAUCAAACAGCAAAUGAUAUCAAUAAAUGUAAACAAGUUUUAUCUCAUAUUGAAUAUUGUUCAUUAGGAAAAAUAACAGCUAAUACAAGCAUCUAUUAUGAUCCUAAUCCACGAGAAACAAUAAUUGAAGAAGAUCAACAAUGGAUUGAUAUUUAUUAUGAAAUGCCGGAUGAGAAUAUUUCAAAAAUUUCUCCAUGGUUAUUACGUAUAGAACUCGAUAAAAAUAAAAUCAUUAAUAAAACUUUGACAAUGGAACAAAUAUAUGAGAAAAUUUCGAAGGAAUUCGGUGAAGAUCUUAAUGUCAUUUUUACUGAUGAUAAUGCAGAAAAACAUGUUCUACGUAUUAGAAUUUUGGAUCAGCUCAAAUCAAAAAUUGCUAAUGAUGAAACACUCGAAGGAGAUGAUUCAAGUAAAAUGGAUGAUGAUGUUUUGCUACGAUAUAUUGAAGAAAUUGAGCUCCCCAAUUUAACAUUGAAAGGAAUUAAAUCGAUUUCGAAAGUCUACAUCGUUGAUUCAACAACAAAUACUCAAUAUAAUUCAAAAAAACAAUUUCUUAUUAAUGAAAACGGUACAAUCCAACCAGUAGCUGAACAUUUCUUGGUGACUGAUGGAACAUCAUUGAGAGAUAUACUCUCAAUGAAAGAUGUUGAUUAUCGUCGAACAUAUACUAAUGAUAUUAUUGAAACUUUCAAAGUGUUUGGUAUUGAAGGUGCACGUAAAGCCAUUGAAUAUGAAAUGAAUCAUGUUCUUUCAUUUGAUGGAUCUUAUGUUAACAGUCGUCAUUUAGCUUUAUUAUGUGAUAUAAUGACAACAAAAGGACAUCUUAUGUCCAUUACUCGACAUGGAAUUAAUCGAGAAGAUCUUAGUCCAAUAAUGAAAUCUUCAUUUGAAGAAACAGUCGAUGUUUUAAUAGAAGCAGCAGCUCAUUCCGAAUACGAUCCACUAAAAGGUGUUUCAGAAAGUAUUCUACUUGGUCAAUUAGCUAAAAUUGGUACAGGUGCUUUUGACAUUAUGUUGAAUGUUGAAAAAUGUGCAUCAGCUAUGGAAGUACCAACAACGAACAUUGAUAGUUUUCAUGAACUUAUGCUUCCAGAUGCUAUGAAAAAAUAUAACCAACAACAUGUAACUGCAUUAACACCUUGGAUUGAAUCGAUGCCGAUCAGUCCAUCAUACGAAUCUUAUCAUGCAUCAGGAGCGACUCCAAUACCAUCAUUUGACUCUACAAACUCGUUAUCUGACUAUUCAAUGUCUCCAUUAGGUUAUAUAUCACCAUCAUCACCUACUAAUCUUACUUCGUCUAGUAUUCAAUCGCGAAUAUAUUUAUCUGGCUCACAAUAUAAUAGCUCAAGUGUAGGCCACUAUGGAUCGGAACCAAUUCCUUAUAGUCCAAUAAGUCUAUCGUACAAUCCAGUAACUAGUCCUAAAUUUUUGGAUACUUCUACGAAACAAGGACUAACAUCGCCCUUCUAUUUACCAACUAGUCCUUACAGUCAAACUUAUCCAACAUUUUCAUCGGAUCGACUUUAUACGUCAACUUCAUCAACAUCUCCAGUAAAAAGUUCAUUCUCGAACCAUUUAAAUAAUCAAAUUUCACCAAAAUACACUGCGAAAAAUCUGAGUUAUUCUCCAACAUCACCAACGAUACCACGUAACACACAUAUUCUCUCUGUUAUUGUAUUCAAUAUAACUCUUAUUCUAUAUUUAGGUUACUCUUGGUCAUCACCGAACUAUUCCUCUCAAAGUCCAGCAUAUUCUCUAUUGAGUCCUUCAUACAAUCCUACAUCACCAGUAUAUUCAAGUGGAGUAUCAUCACAGAAAUAUUCUCCUCAAAGUCCAAUAUAUUCUCCAUCAAAAUCCACUUACAGUUCAACAUCACCGCCAUGCUCAGUACGUGAUCAUGAUAGAAGCAAUGUAUCAUCGAAUUUUAUUCCAACGACACCACAAUACAGUCCAAGCUCACCAGUGUAUUCUCCAUCUCAAUUAUCAUCUCCCUCUAGUCCAACAUCACCCGUAGAUCAACUGAAUGUGACAUUACCUGAUGAUAGUUCUUCAUCAUGUCAAUCAGAAGAUAGUUCUCAACAAAGUGAUUCAAACGAUGAUGACAAUUGGAUGGAGUAG